ACAUCUUCGUCAGCCCCUUCAAUCUCUCUCUCUCUCUCUCUCUCCUAUCUGAAACAAAUUCUCUGUCUGUCUGUCUGAAACUCUACUCGAAAUCAAUGGCAACUUCUCCAAUGCUGGACACAGGCUUCGGUGUAGACAAACUCACCUACGAGAUCUUCUCCAUACUUGAAGCCAAGUUCCUCUUCGGAUACGACGACCCCAAGCUUUUAGUCUCUGGUAAACCCGAAAACCCCCUUGACACCCUCACCGGUGACUUAAAGUCUCUCAAAAAUGCCGCCGGAAAAGUUAGAAUUCUCUCUAUCGACGGCGCCGGUGCCACCGACGGCAUCCUCGCCGCAAAAUCCCUCGCCCACCUCGAGGCUUUCCUCCGGCGGAAAUCUGGCAAUGCUGAUUCUCGAAUUGCCGAUUACUUUGAUGUCGCUGCUGGCUCUGGCGUUGGGGGAAUUCUGGCUGCUCUGCUCUUCACUAGGGGAAAAGAAGGGCGCCCGAUUUUUUCGGCAGACGAAGCGCUGCAGUUUCUUGUGGAGAAUAGGCGGAAAUUGAGCCCCUCAUCGCCGUCGGGGAUUUUCCGGCGUUUAUUCUGCCCCUCCAAGGCGGAGAAACUGUUCCGUCGGACGUUCGGGGAAUCUACUCUGAAAGACACGCUGAAGCCAGUUUUGAUCCCGUGUUUCGACCUCUCAACUCGCGCGCCUUUCUUGUUUUCCCGCGCGGAUGCUUUGGAAACGGACGGAUACGAUUUCAAGAUGAGGGAGGUCUGCAUUGCCACGUCGGCAGAUCCCUCACUGGUCGGAGCUGUGGAGAUGAAGUCAAUCGAUCAGAGAACGAGAAUUAUGGCCGUUGACGGUGGAAUCGCGAUGAAUAAUCCGACGGCCGCGGCGAUCACGCACGUGCUGAAUAACAAGCAGGAGUUCCCGUUCUGUGACGGGGUGGAGGACUUGUUCGUCGUGUCUCUGGGGAAUGGGGAGUCAGAUUCCGGUUGCCGGAAUGUGACCCCGUCGUCGGCCGAGUUCGUCAGGAUCGCCGGAGAGGGAGCUUCCGACAUGGUUGAUCAAGCUGUUUCAAUGGCGUUCGGUCCCAGCAGAGCAAGCAACUACGUUCGCAUUCAGGCGACCGGAUUUGACGCCGGAAAGCACCCAAAAUCGAGCGACGGAAAACACUUCAUGGGCAUUGCGGAGAAGAUGCUGACACAAAAGAAUGUGGAAUCGAUACUCUUCCGAGGGAAGAAGAUCAUCGAGAACACAAACUCAGAGAAGCUGGACUGGUGUGCGGGAGAGUUAAUAAAGGAACACGAGAGGAGAAAAACCAGUCUCUUCCCCACAGUCAUGAUCAAGCAAGUAUCCCCCAGAACUUCAUCCGCCACAGUGUCGACGGAAUCUUCAUGUUAGAAGCUGCCGGAGGUCGGAUCCCUUCUCUUCGCGCUCGCCGCUCACGACAACUGAAGUGUCGGAGUCAGAGCUGAGCGAAUUCCAUUAUAUUAAAUAGCGUUGAAUUUGUAUAUGAAAAUUAGUCCAAGAAAUAGGUAUUUAGUUAACCUAACAAUGUGUAAACAGAUAUCUAUGUAUCAAACUAUCAAUGUAUGUAUGUAAGCAAGGUACCUAAGUUUUCCGAAAUGGAGUCAGCAAUGUUGCAAGAGUUUCUACUGA